CCCCGACUGCAUGUCUGUCGAUCAGAAGAAAAAGCGCCUACAAAACUCCGGCGCCUGUGUCUCGCUGGAGAAGAAGGCGUGUAUCGAAAUGUUUGACACAUGGUCGAGCCAUGAGCAAGUGGACUUCCUCUGCAAUAUCUUGUCAAGAAUGUCUCACUUCCAGCAGAGUCAAGUGAACAACCUGCUAGAGCCACUUUUGAAAAGGGAUUUCAUUGUGUCCUUCCGAACGCAUGGAGUAUCUCACAUCGCGGAACACAUCUUGUCUCAACUAGACGCCUCGACAUUACUGUCUGUGGAGAUGGUCUCUCGAGGGUGGCAGUGGAGUGUUGCCAAGUAUCAGUUGUGGCGGCGUUUGAUUGCUCGUCGUGUGGCAUCUGACCCGGUGUGGUAUGGUCUUGCCGAACGCCGCGGUUGGUUGGAACUAAUCCAUCUGAGCGAUGCCACCCACUUACCCGUCGCCUUGGAACAACGGCGGAUUGCAGCAGGUUCACGGCACAAACCCGAAUUCCCCUUACUCUCGGACUCCACAUCAAAUAAUGCUUGCAAUGGGGACGCGAAGUCACACACGGGAGACGAAUCCAAAUCGCCCUGUCCCAAUGCGAUCUGUCAAUGCAGUACCGCCACCCUUGGUAGGCCAACUAUACUAUGUGGCGACUACGCGUUGGCCCAAACCCGUUUGACUCCAUUAAGCCUCGUAACGGGACGUGAACAGACCGUUGAGGUCGCACUAGCGACUGCUGCCACUGUGCGCUCUGCGGGUUGCCAUGACACACCCCAGCGAUCUCAUGGCAAUUCAUUCACGCUCGACGCAGACCGAAACGAUUGUGCCUCAGCUGAGACGAUAAUGUUUGCUCACCGGUUUUACAAACAGCUCUAUCCGCGUGUCAUCAGAGAGAUCAAGCGCGUCGAGGACAACUGGGCACGAGGCAAUUAUCACCUCACACGCAUUCCAUGUCGGAGUGAUGUGACCAAGGGUGUGUACUGUUUACAGUACGACAAGGAGAAAAUAGUCAGCGGACUGAGGGACGACACGAUCAAAGUUUGGAGACGGUUGGAUGCGAAUGCCUUUCCAUUACAUAGCCGUCGAUCGACACAGCCCAACGCUGGCAGACCAGCGAGUGAUUCUCGCGCGGGAGCCAUGGUUGUCGCUCCUGUUGCCGCUGGUGCCGGUCACAAUGAUCCCGAUCCUGGGGCAGAGGAUGACCGACCUGGAGCAGCGGCCAAUCGGCAUGCCGAUGGAAACGGAGCUGCUGGCGCUGUUGCUGCCAACGAAAAUUUCCCGACGGAUGCUAGUACCGAUGGUUAUCACUGCACACAAGUUCUGGAAGGACACACAGGCUCCGUACUGUGCCUACAGUACAUUGGAAACCUCCUGAUAAGCGGCUCAAGUGAUACCACGGUUCGCCUGUGGGAUCUGUCCGUUGGACGUUGCUUGAACGUGAUUAAUCAUCACACAGAAGCUGUCUUACACUUGCGGUUUCGCAACAACGUCCUCGUCACAUGCUCUAAGGAUCGCAGCAUCGCUGUUUGGGACAUGGGUCCAUGGCCCCGGGAUGUGCAACUGCGUCAGGUUCUCGUGGGACACCGCGCUGCUGUUAAUGUUGUUGAUUUCGACGAAAAGUACAUUGUCUCCGCAAGCGGUGAUCGUACCAUUAAGGUUUGGGCCACAGAUACCUGCGCCUACGUGCGGACGCUCACUGGACAUAGACGCGGAAUCGCAUGUCUGCAAUACCGCGAUCGCCUUGUCGUUUCGGGUAGUUCGGACAACACCAUUCGCAUAUGGGAUAUUGAAACCGGUGUUUGUUUCCGUGUUCUUGAAGGACACGAAGAACUGGUGCGAUGUAUCCGAUUCGACUCCAAGCACAUCGUUUCUGGCGCUUAUGAUGGAAAAAUCAAAGUAUGGAGUUUGAAACACGCGCUCGACCCACGAUCCAAGCCCAGCCAGUUGUGUAUCCAUACGUUGCAACAACACACUGGUCGUGUAUUUCGUUUGCAGUUUGACGACUUCCAGAUUGUCUCCUCCUCUCACGAUGACACCAUUUUGAUAUGGGAUUUUGUGAGGCCAUCAGCUGGUAUGGACGAACGUGAUGAUGGCUUUGACGAUGGGACACAUCCAGUCCAUCCGGUAGCCCAAGUCAAUAAUUGCCUUUGUGCAGCACCUAGUUUGCCGAACCAGUCUACUCCAGCACCUGCGGAGGUCAGAGCUGCUCCAGAUGGGAAUGCUGCAUCCGGACAGGCCGGAUCCUUCCCAACACAAAUGGCAAUAUCCAGCAAUGACUCCCCACGUUCGCAUCCGAACUGCAUUGAAAUGGAAAGUGAGUUUGUUUCUCCGGGAACUUCGAAUGUUCGGUCGACCAUCAACGCUCCAGCUAGAAGUUCACCCAUACGUGCCCCUUCCUUACAUGGUGCGACUCCUGCCGGGCAUCCGGUAGAUGAGGCAAAUGACAGCGCGACUCGAAACAGUCCAAACACUCGACGACCCUCCGUUCCUUUCCGUAACCUGUAUUUAGACAGAUGAACGCAGAAUUGAUGUCCGCAUUCUCUAUCUCUUUUUGACCAAUAGAGCAAGUUUACCAACACGUACACUAUCCUGUUAUACCCUGCGUUUACCAAUGUGUGUUCAUACGUACAUCGUAUUGCCGGUUACCAUGCGGCUGUUAUGCCCGAGCUAGAACAUUCUCAAUUCGUCCAUACACUCACCACCCUCAUCAUGUCCAUUUUAUCUAAUCGUUGUACCCGCGGUCAAAGUUUUGAUGGAUCUGUUGGUGAAAUGAUGCUAGGUCACUUAUGCAUUUCUUUUCGCUCUAUCACCGCGAGACUGUGAUCUCAGGCUGCCUUAUUUUCUUUUCGUGUUCCCCUUCGUUUCGCUACGAGUUUCGUGUCGUUUCGCUCUAUGAAUGUGUGUGCACAACAGACUCGAACGGCCGAGUUCGAAAUUAUUUUUCUGUGCAACUUCGACUGCUCUGCUCUUCUUGUCUCCAAUCGAACGCGUUUUCAUCGCAUACUGAUUUGUCGACAGCACUCACCAUAGCAAUGUGAAUCAGCUUCGGCCACCGUUUCACCUCAGCCAACAUACUGCACAUGUCGAUCUAUUUGUGUAAGGAUACGUGUUUGUCCCUUUAACACUGGACUGCUUAGCCCGGUACAAUGUUUGGUGUUGCCCAUUCACGUCAGAAUCGUCGUGUGGGGUUGCAUGCCGACCGUGAGAAGAAGGUGGUUCUAACUCUGGUCCCAAUCUGAUUGGUUGUAUUGUACGUGCCGUUGUCUAUAAAUGGGAUUUCAGCAAUUUGUCAAUCUGUUCAGUAUUUCUACUGCCGUGGGAGGGUUCAACUGUGAUCGGAAUGGCAACUCGCUUGGUUUGUCAGUUGGUCAUUAGCG